AUGGCAUCAACACCCGUACUGACCAACAAAGAAAAACAAGUCCUCGAUUCACAACGAGAAAUUGACUGGCUUCGACGACACAUUGACCACUAUCAACGCGCAUUGGCACCACCCGAACAAACCGAAUCCAUCGACCAUUCAGCAGAAGACCUUUGUAACACCAUUGAUCGACUACGAGCCGAAUUGGAUGUCAUGACACAGUUCAACUUGAGCAGGAAAUGUAUGACACGCAACUUGGAUGCCUCUUUUCAUACUUUGAAUACACUCUACGGCGGGCCGAGCGACCAUGACACUAUGGAACGAAGGCGCUUGGUUACGGAAAGAUUACAAGAACGAGACGAGUUGACAUUGUUGAUUUUACGGAUCACGGAUCAAUUGAAAAAAGCACGUGUACAGUUGGCCAAAACGCAAGCCAAAGUCUUGGACACGCACAUCACCAAUCGGCAAUUGAUUGAAGAAAUACAAAGAAUACGGACCCGACAAUUAGAAGAAAUUGCCAAAGAAGCAUCACAAGUCACUGUCAGACCAGAAGUCAUGGAUGAUAUGGUCAACCGGUUGGAAAUCGCACGCAAUGUAUUAAUGGGACUUAUCCUUGAGAGCAACAUUGAUUGGGCAAAUGACGAACGAUGGCUUCAAGUCAUGCUAAAAUUGGGCGAUCAGGUCGAAGAGGCUUAA